ACAGUUGUAACGCGCUUAUUAAGAUAACGAUUGCGUUGUGGAUGGCUUUUUUAAUCAAAAACAGUGACGUUGGGGAUUGAUCAGCUGGUAGACGUCAAGUACAAGUAAAAUGUUGGCAAAGUAGGAAAUAUACGCAGACACUCUGCACGAUGUUUCGCCAGGCAUUUUCUAGAUAUAGUUGCGGAGGUACAAUAAGUGUGUUUGGGUGUCGAAGGCUUAGCGUUAUCUGCCGCCCGGUGGAAGUGCGAAUUGUAGAAGUAGGUCCACGCGAUGGCCUUCAGAAUGAGCCUAAAAUACUUCCCACCGCAGUCAAGAUAAACCUAAUCGACCAACUUUCCGAAACAGGACUUAAAAGCAUUGAAGCGACUAGUUUCGUGAGUCCUAGAUGGGUGCCUCAAAUGGCGGAUAACGCUCAAGUUCUUAAAGGGAUCAAGAGCCACCCGGGUAUCUCAUAUCCUGUUCUGACCCCGAAUCUGAAAGGUUAUCAGUCAGCUUUGGCGGCGGGGGCGAAAGAGGUUGCAGUAUUUGGAGCAGCUUCCGAGUCUUUUUCACAGAAGAAUGUUAAUUGUGGUACAGCGGAAGCCAUUGAACGGUUUCGCUGUGUGUUGGAAGCGGCCAAAAAAGACAAUAUUAAAGUCCGCGGAUAUGUGUCGACAGUGGUGGGCUGCCCUUAUGAAGGAGCAAUCAAACCUUCGGCUGUAGCAAAAGUUGUGGAAGCCCUUCUCGAUUUAGGUUGCUACGAAAUAUCCCUGGGAGAUACCAUCGGAGUAGGCACCCCCGGAACUAUGAAGAAAAUGCUUGAUGAAGUUUUAAAAGUUUGCUCUGUUGAUAAGUUUGCUGUUCAUUGCCACGACACAUACGGCCAGGCUCUUCCGAAUAUUCUCACAUCACUGGAUUACGGUAUCUCAGUUGUUGAUUCAUCUGUCUCUGGACUAGGGGGAUGUCCUUACGCUCGCGGCGCAUCUGGAAACGCGGCAACCGAAGACGUCGUGUAUAUGCUUCACGGAAUGGGCAUAGCUACGGGCAUUGACUUGCCUAAAUUGAUUAAUGUUGGGAAAUAUAUCUGUGAGGAACUUGGGCGCCAAUCUGAGUCGAAAGUUAGCCGAGCUUCACGGAAGUGUAAUCCUGGUGACCAGUAGGGAUUUGUUAUCAAUUUUUAUAAUAUAAGCGUAACAGAUGCAUUUAUUUACACCAAUGAUUUGAAUAAAAUAUUUUUACAAUUUUAA